GUCGAAGAGUACCAGUGAACCGAGUGUAUUAUCGGAUCUUAAUACUAGCAAGCAAAUAUGUUCAGACUUUGGAAGCUGUUCUUGAUUUUCUUGCUCCUGAGGCCACUGCUGACUUUCUCUGCAUCUGGUGUUGAAUCAGUAAUCCACGCCCUGUCGAUGUCCAGAGCUAAUGGACAUCUGCUGUCGAGUCAUUCACUACAUCAUUCAUCAGUGAGGGGUUUGACAGAUUGUGUAGAACUGUGUUUGCGUCACUUUGAAUGUUCCUCUAUAGCUUACGAUAGAGACAGACAAAUGUGUGACGUACUCGCCAGUAAAUCUCAAUGUCAACUAGUUACAUUGAUGUUCCCAACGAAUGUACUGUUGUACACGAUGCGGCAGCGCGACUGUACUGACGUCAAGCAAGGAAUGAGAAGUGAAAGCGGUGUUUAUAAAAUUAUGCCAUGCUCAUCAUGCGACGCGUUUCUUGCUUAUUGUGACAUGGACACUGAUGAUAAAGCGUGGACAGUAUUUCAGCGUCGACAAGAUGGCUCUGUAGAUUUCAACCAAAACUGGCAAAAUUAUGCGUCUGGAUUUGGUAAGUUAAGCGGCGAGUUUUGGCUUGGAAACAAGAAAAUCCACAAAAUUACGUCGUCAGGAAAGUAUGAAUUUCGGAUAGAUAUGGUAGCUACAGAUGACAGCGCUUAUCACGUCACCUAUGAGUCAAUUGAGAUUGGAAUUGAAGCUGAAAACUUCAGAUUGGACAUAGGAGAGUACAUUGACGAUAAGUCAACUGUCGCUGAAGGACUUGACUACAGAGCCGAUUAUCAUACCAAUUUGUACAACAAUGGCAUGUGCUUCUCUACAGUUGACCGAGAUAACGAUAAUUAUGACUCGUCCUGCAGUUUUGUGUUUAAGUGUGGCUGGUGGUUCAACGCAUGUUACUUUUCUAAUCUUAAUGGUCUUUAUGAAUCAGGAAUUAUCUGGGACUAUUUCGGAACCCCCUAUUAUUUACGAUUCUCGGAAAUGAAAAUGCGAAGAGUUGUCUGAGGACAAAAAGAGGCGCAUUAUUAUUAGGCUAUGCCUUGCCUUUUGUAAUAUUUGUAUUUAUAUGCUAUUAUUUGUAUGCUUUUGAAUCACAAGUUGUGAGCUGUUGGUAGAUUACGCUAGUUUACAUAGGCCUAUCUAUGAAUAGAGAAAAGUACUAUUGUUGUGUUGACCAUUUUCCCACAAGGACAGAAUAAGGCGGCACAGAAACUUUGAUUACGUUAAUGAUAUUUCAAUUUGCUCAAAACUUUUUCACUUCGCUUUGUUUGGCGACGACAAAACAAAAUCGUUUCACAAUCUUAAACUUUAAGUUAAUAAUGAAAUUUUCCAAUAAAUUUUCUUUAAAU